AAUAGGUUUCCUGAUGAACCUGGAUGGAAAAAUCCAAUCUAACAGUGCUGAAUGAAUUCAUUCUCACAGGAAUCACAGACCAUCCUGAGCUGCAGGCUCCAUUAUUUGUGCUGUUUCUCAUGAUCUACAUGAUCUCAGUGGUGGGCAACUUGGGCAUGGUCAUCCUCACGAAGAUGGACUCCAAGCUACAAACGCCCAUGUACUUUUUCCUCAGACACCUGGCUUUCACUGAUCUUGGUUAUUCAACAACCGUGGGACCCAAAAUGUUAGUAAAUUUCAUUAUGGAUCAAAAUUCAAUCUCCUAUUAUUUUUGUGCUACACAGCUAGCUUUCUUUCUCAUGUUUAUUAAUAGUGAGCUUUUUAUUCUGUCAGCAAUGUCCUAUGACCGCUGUGUGGCCAUCUGUGACCCUCUGCUCUACACAGUCAUCAUGUCACAAAGGGUAUGUAGGGUGCUGGUGGCAAUGCCAUAUCUUUACAGCACAUUUGCUUCUCUUUUAGUCACCAUAAAGAUUUUUAAUUUGUCCUUCUGUGGCUACAAUACUGUCCAUCAUUUCUACUGUGACUGUCUCCCCUUAUUAUCUUUGCUCUGCUCAGACACAUGGGAAAUUGAAAUGAUUAUUCUGAUAUUAGCAGGUUUUGAUUUGAUAUCCCUUCCAGUAGUACUUGUGUCUUACCUGCUCAUUCUCAGAGCCAUUCUCAGGAUGAAUUCUACUGAAGGUAGGCGCAAGGCUUUCUCCACCUGUGGAUCCCACCUGACAGUGGUCACAGUGUUCUAUGGGACUUUAGCAUUUAUGUAUGUACAGCCCAAGUCCAUUCACUCCUUUGACACUGAUAAAGUGGCUUCCAUAUUUUACACACUGGUUAUUCCUAUGUUAAAUCCCUUGAUUUAUAGCUUGAGGAACACAGAUGUUAAAUAUCCCCUACAUAAGGUGUUGAAAAAAAUAGGCAAUACCUUUUCUUAA